AUGGGAGGACGGGCGCUUACCGUAGACUGGGCACGAGCAGAACACACCGUCUCAGCGGAAAUUAUGAAGACGGUGGCGAACUUGUUCAUAAGGAAUAUAGCACCAGGCACUUCGGAGCACGCACUCAAGCAGCUCUUUGGAGCAGAAGAAGCUGGAGUGGCUCGAGUAAAAAUUCAGCGAACAUACGGGUUUAUACGUUUUCACAAAAGAGUACAAGCAGAAGCAGCACUGGAAAAGCUGAAUGGAGCUACUUUGAACGGUAGCCGUUUGGAAGUGUCCUGGGCUCGCCCUCCUCCCCCGGGACGUCAUGGAAAGAAGAUUCCGUUGGCAGGACGCCAUCAGUUACUUACAUUUCCCCAACAAAUCCUUCAGCAUCCGCUGUAA